CUCAUACAAUAUAUUAGAUGAAAACUUAAAAUGAAGCUAUUUUUCAACCUGUCAUGUUAAUCAUUUGAACACCUCAACCGCAGCAUGGUUUAAACAAAUAUGUCACGACUCUAUGGUCACGAGAAGCCCAAUUCCGUCAAUCGCCACCAGCGAGCGUGAAGCAGUUGCGAAUCAAAUACAGCGAAGAAUAUUUGUCUUUUCGCCGCCGGCCGAAAUGGAGGCACCACUUUCCCCGAAUUGGUUGAAAUUCUGUUGCCAUGGCUUCUUUCUCGGCUUCUCUCCUGCAGCCCCAACAUCCGACGCCGGCGAAAUCCUCCGACGUUUCGCUACAGUCGCCGCUGCUGUACCGCACGAAUCUCCCCUUUCGGAGCCUUGAUGGGUUUCGAUUCCUGCGAAAUGGGUCGGUCAGCACAAACAGAAUCGACGCAUUUACUCAUCGAGCUCAGGCUGUGAUUGAUUCCGGUGUGGAAAUUUCUGAUGUUCCGAUUCUCACUGCUUCGGAGGUGGUUGAGAGACUGAGAUCAAGCAGAGAGAAUAGCAAAGGGAAGCAGGAGUUCCUGGCAAUGUACUCUAGCGUUGUUGGUGGAAUAACAACUGAUCCAGCAGCUAUGGUUAUACCAAUGGAUGACCAUAUGGUCCAUAGGGGCCAUGGCGUCUUUGACACUGCUGCGAUCAUGGAUGGGCACCUGUAUGAGCUGGACCAACAUCUUGACCGCAUUCUAAGAUCAGCAUCCAUGGCAAAGAUCACUCUUCCAUUUGACAGGGAGACCAUAAGAAACAUACUAAUACAAACAGUGAGCGCCUCGAGAUGCCAAAAGGGAUCCCUACGGUACUGGCUUUCAGUAGGACCUGGUGACUUCCAACUAUCUCCUUCAUCCGGUUGUCAUCAGCCAGCCCUUUAUGCAAUCGUGAUUCAAGACCAAUCCCCCUUCGACUCCAAAGGCGUGAGGGUUGUGACCUCAUCGAUCCCCAUAAAGCCUCCACAAUUCGCCACCAUGAAGAGCGUCAAUUACCUCCCUAACGUGCUCUCGAAGAUGGAAGCUGAGGAGAAAGGCGCAUUUGCUGCUAUUUGGCUGGAUGAGGAUGGGUUCAUAGCUGAAGGUCCUAACAUGAAUGUAGGGUUUGUCACCAAAGAGAAAGAGCUUUUGAUGCCGCGGUUUGACAAGAUCUUGAGUGGCUGCACUGCUAAGAGAGUGCUGACACUAGCUGAAGGGCUGGUGAGAGAGGGGAAGCUUGGAAGUGUAACUGUGAGGGAUGUGAGCGUUGAAGAAGGGAAGCAAGCUGAUGAGAUGAUGCUCAUCGGGAGUGGGAUCCUCGUUCGCCCUGUUGUCCAGUGGGAUGAACAAGUCAUAGGUGAUGGAAAAGAAGGUCCCAUAUCUCAGGCGCUACUGAAUUUGAUACUUGAUGACAUGAAAUCCGGGCCGCCUACUGUUCGAGUUGCAGUUCCUUGACUGUGAUGCUGGAGCUGCCUUGAUCCAGAAGGUAUUUGCAAGAGGCAAUAAGUUCCUGUGUUGCCACUUGCCAUGUAAGUUGGAAAAUGAAAGCCAGCUCUCUCUCAUACAGCAGCAAGUGGAGAAUCUAGUCAGAGGCAACCGGCCUUGGAAUUUUCUCUCCUUCCUUUAUUUCACCUUUUUUCAAGCUUUCCUCUUGUUUGAUACUGGUAAACAGUGAGCCAUUAUGCAUUUGGGCGGUGCUUUAAGUAAGAUAAGAUAUAUAUACAUAUGAUGAUAUCAUCGCCAGACAAAAGACUGAACAUGUGUGAUAUGAACCUAGGCAAUGAUGUGGAUUUGGGUCAACGGAUGGAUGCCUGCUCUCGGCCCUUGGACUUUAUUAAAAUCUCGUAUUGCAUAUUUGGUUGUUGUAAUGUUUAAGAACAUCAAUCAUUAUCAAAAGAUUGUCGAUCUUGACGUCUAGAAUAUAACGAGGU